CUCUGAUCUUUCUUUAAUACUUUCCUAUGCAAUGUUUUUGAUCGCUUCAUAGUCAAUAACAAGAGACUUGAAGUUUUUUCUUUAACUUGAAAAGCAAAAUUUUGUAAGGGCUUUUCUGUAAAUAAUAACACUAGUUUCCAAAGUCUUCAAACGACGUCGUUACGAACCUGUGAAGCUUUAGCUUCGACAAAACCCUUAAGCUAGUAGAGACGUCAAGAGGUUGAAGCAAGACAAAAAUGGUGAAAACAAAGAAAGAAGAUCUAAAUCAAUUUCUGAUUCCUCGUCUCAACACCAUCUACGAAACCCUCCAGUUGUUCGAUGGAACAGCUUCUCCUACAGUGGAAAGAGUUAAUUGGAACGAUGUUCUUCAGAUGUCUGAUCACCUCUCUAAACAAGCCACCAUAGGUUUUUAUUUCACUUGUUAUAAUUUCUUGAUUCCUUUUGUGAUUUCCUGUUCUCAAUUGGUGCUUGGGACUACUCCUAAUAGUGGGAAUGCUAUGGACUGGAGAAUCUCCAAAAGCUGAUUCACUUAAAGAGACUAUGGAGUCUUACUUCAAUGCCCUUCAAGGGUUUUUACUCUGUUGCCAUGGAAGCACUCUUGGUGCUGGACCUACGCUUUCUUCAAUCAUACAUGUUUCUGUUAAGCAAAUUGUUGAUUCUAGCUUCAGAUUGUUGCAGGGUUCUGUUUCUCUAUACGAGGGAUCGUAUGAGAAGGAUAAGAAGCCGUCUAUUCCGCAGCUCUCGGGAGUGGUUUGGGAAGCAUGUUCCAGUUUCAAGAAGGUUCCUGCAACAAACAUUACUGCGAUUGGUAGAGCUAUUACACAGGUUGCGGUUUCCAUGAAGGAUGUUCUUAGGGAGAUGAAAGAAGUGAAGCCAGCGUGUCCUUUAUCUGAAUGUGAGGCAUCUGGUGAUAAUAUGUCUAGUGAUGAUGAUGAUGAUGACGAUUUAGGCGAUGAUUUGUCUCCUGAAGAAAUGGAAGUUGCUACAAUGGUUACUGAGAUUGUCUCUGAAACUAUCAUGGUGAUAAAAGAACUCAUUCGAGUUAUCACUGGUAUGAUUAAGAUGGAGAAUCCAAAGGAUAAUAGUGGGUUUGUGGAGUCGCUUGAGAAGCUACUGAAGCUGUGUCAAGGAACUGGUGUACAAAUCGAUGAGCUUGGUGCUUGUGUCUAUCCACCGCAGGAGAUGAACAAGAUGAAGCAAACAGUGAAGGUUAUACAGGGAAAUCUAGACGAAUUUGAAACUGAAGUUGAGCGUUUGAAGAGUUCUUCAGACGGCUUUUCGGGAGCUUGCGGGAAGCUGCGAAACUCCUUGAAACAUAUGGAAACUGAAUUGGAUAAAAGAUGUGAAGCUGAGCUAGUAGUUGAAAUGCAGAAUGUUACUCUUGACAGUUAGUUUGGAUUUUGCAAUUGAGUUUUUUUUCGGUUUGUUUCAGUGGCUUGUGUCUUGUAGUAACAUUCAUCUAAUGUUCAAUGUGUUGUACACGUUUCUUAACUUUAUAGAUAUGGUACUUAGAUUUUGUUUUCGUCAUAACAUUCUUUAGACAUGAUCAUGUGAAUGUAGCAACCUUGUAAGACUUUACUUGAUAAAUGACAAGUAGGUAAGUAUCACAUGAGAAUGUUUUUCCAAAACUAAAU